CUGACACGCGUCGCGCCGGAAAUUCCUUCAUCCAGGACUAGAGUAUUUCACCGAUCGUGAUAGCUCAAUGUGAAAUUUAUAAGUGUUAACUACUCCGAUAAUUCAACUCCGUUCAGUCAUCUAUCCAAUUAACCUUCUGAUUACAAGUCUACCUAGUGCAAUCCACGUGUCUUCCACUCCUUUUUGUCUAGUACUCGAAAAAUCUAAAAAUAUCUGUACUCAACAAUCCAACUGAAUUUACAAAAUUGUGAAAUUUGUGGUGAAACAUUAUUUUCUAUGGAAAUGAUAUAAAAUUAUUUAGAGAGUAUUUUUUAAUCGUUUUUUCAAUCGUUACCGUCUUAACAUUCCUGAGCGUGAAUUUUUGCAUGUGUGCAGUGUCCAAAAAGUGCAUAAGUUGUGAUAAAUCUCAGUCACAGAGAGGAAAAUAAUUAUCUUAAUCCAGAGUGAUACACCAAUGCCUUCCCCAUCCCCGAUACAUCAUAGCAGAUAAUUAAUACCUAAAGUGCUCCAAGUGAUUUUACCAUUAAAAUUUAAAUAACACGUUCCGGAGAUGCUCCAAGGCGUGGUCUGACAACACUCAGUAUUUUCUACUCAUUCGUCAUCCCACCUAAAGAUUCGCUCGAAGAAUCGCCAGGGAUUCGAAGGGGAUUUCCGUGAUGGUCAACAUGGCUGUGAAUUUAUGACAAUUCCAGCAAUCAGGGUAACUCACAAGUGCUCACUAAUCCCCACUUAGGUUGACCCCAAGUGAGCUGGAGCAAAAAGCAUUGAAGAAAGCAGGAGCUUGUAGAAAUAAAAAAAUAACUCGUUGAAUUGAGUUGAUUCCACUGUUUUUAGAAUUAAAUCAGUGAAGCCUCAAAGUGGCUAAAAGCGUAAGUCCAUUUCGUAGCUGCCACCAGGAGUUGACCUCCAGUUUGGAGUCACAGGUGGAGGCUGAGGAUAAACGUGGACCGAGGCGCAUGCCUUACCUCGGGCCUGACAUGACAACCCGGCUGCCCGCCAUGUUUUACACGGUCGAGGUCGGGGACACAAAGUUCACCAUCCUCAAGCGCUACCAGAAUCUCAAGCCCAUUGGCUCGGGUGCGCAGGGAAUUGUCUGCGCUGCGUAUGACACUGUUACUGCACAGAAUGUCGCCAUCAAGAAGCUCUCCAGGCCAUUUCAAAACGUUACGCACGCCAAAAGGGCGUACAGAGAAUUCAAACUCAUGAAACUUGUGAAUCAUAAAAAUAUAAUCGGUCUGUUAAACGCAUUUACUCCCCAACGAUCUCUCGACGAGUUCCAAGACGUCUACUUGGUGAUGGAGCUGAUGGACGCCAAUCUGUGCCAAGUCAUACAAAUGGACCUCGACCAUGAGCGCAUGUCCUACCUGCUGUAUCAGAUGCUGUGCGGUAUAAAGCAUCUCCAUUCAGCCGGUAUCAUUCACAGAGACUUGAAGCCAAGUAAUAUCGUCGUUAAGUCCGACUGCACUCUCAAGAUAUUGGAUUUUGGCUUGGCAAGGACCGCUGGUACGACAUUUAUGAUGACCCCGUACGUUGUCACACGGUAUUAUAGAGCGCCUGAGGUCAUUCUUGGUAUGGGAUACAAGGAGAAUGUAGACAUUUGGUCAGUUGGAUGUAUAAUGGGUGAGAUGAUAAGGGGUGGAGUACUCUUUCCUGGAACUGAUCAUAUUGAUCAGUGGAAUAAAAUUAUCGAACAACUUGGAACACCAGCACAAGAAUUCAUGCAACGAUUACAGCCAACAGUACGGAACUACGUGGAAAAUAGGCCUCGAUACAUGGGUUAUCCCUUCGAGAGGCUAUUCCCGGAUAUUCUCUUUCCCACAGACUCCUCGGAGCACAAUAGACUGAAAGCGAGUCAAGCGAGGGAUUUACUGUCGCGUAUGCUGGUGAUCGAUCCUGAACGACGUAUCUCGGUCGAUGAUGCCUUGCUGCAUAAUUAUAUCAAUGUCUGGUAUGACGAGGGCGAAGUUAAUGCUCCUGCACCAGGCCCCUACGACCACAGUGUGGACGAACGAGAGCACACAGUGGAUCAAUGGAAGGAAUUGAUUUAUCAAGAGGUCAUGGAGUAUGAGACAAGCCACAAUCCAUCAGCCACAGCCCAGUCAUCAGUCGACACUGUUGCUGGAUCACGGUAGACACGCCGGAUGUGUCAAAUGUUACGUUUCCUGGAAGAAACGAAAUAUUGUUCCCAAAAAUUUCACUCUAAUUACUAAUUGAAAUCUUAUUCCGCCCGAAUUUGUUUUUCUUUUGUAAUCUAGACGAAAAUCGAGAGGUCGAGCAACAAAAAACGAAUAUACGUUUUAGGGUAUUUUUUCCCCCUUGGAUUUUUGAUUGUACAUUUUUAUCUUAUUUUGAGAGCUUUUCAUGGGAAUUGCAUGGCCCGUAUGUCUCCUUUAUGCCUGGCAAACACGAGCACAUCGUUCACAGUUUUUUUAACUCCUUUUUGUCUCUAUUUUCAUAUCGUUAUGGGAAUAGUCCACUUGGGGACGAUUUACUGUCGCUGGAUUUAUUGUUGCUCGAAUAUUUCGGACAAUCAUGCUUCAUCAUUCAAAAAUAGUUAGAAUUUUAGAGUUUUGAAUGAGAAAAUGGCAGUCGACUGAGAAUAAAAAUAGUACGAAAUUGUUCAUCUCAUUUUUAAGAACAGUUAAGUUUUUUUCCUGAAAAUAGUGUAAUUCAAUGGAUUUUCCUUCAUUCUCAAAACAUUUUUCUAAUGAAAAAAUGACACGAGAUUUUUUCAUUCUCUCAAAAAUGGAAUCGAUAGAUUUAAUUUCUGUUUCUUCAUUUCUACGUUGCUCGACAGAACGGUUCGAUAAUUACCAAUUUCCUUUCCACAAAUAAUUUAUUGCGACUGCCCCAAGAAUGUACAGUGCAGAGAGAACAAAUCGAUUUGGAUAAAGUGGAGAAUUAAUGAAAUUAUCGUUGUGAAUUUCUUUUUUUUAAUUGAAUUGAUCUAAGUUUCAAGGGCCCAUCAGUGGCCCAUUGUACAUUUAGUCUGUCAUGAAUAAAUUCUAUUUGUUAUAGAUUGAAAAAUGUAGCUAAGAGUGAAAAAACAAACUGACGAUUGUGUCGAGUAUUGAAAUGAAUGAAAAUUCUUGUGACACAUCGAUAAGGUGAAUUCGUGCAAAUUGUAAUUUGUAAAACCGUUGAAUUUUUAUUUUCCACUGAAAUGAAUAGUUAUGUGAAUAUAUUGCUACAGUCCGAUCCAAAUAAUCAAGCUUUUGUAAUACUAAUUAUAAUAAAGUAAUAAUAUGGCUAAUUGAGUAUAUAAAUAUUAAAUGAAAUAAUUAUUGAUAAUUGCAUUGCACACGAGGUUUAAACUAGUGUGUUUGUAUGGAUGUGUAUUUGCUUGUGUGUGUGAGAUGCGAGAGGGAGAAAGUGCGACAUUUGUCUGAGGAAUUUUGAGAAUUUUACGAGGUUCGAAUAAGUAAGUCUGGGAAUUUUAUGAUUUUUUUUUAUGGGCCUUGGUUUUAUGGAAAUGUUUCACGUUCGUGCGCUCCAAUGCUUCAUCCACUCAAUGGACAGGGUGUAGACAAAAUAAAACAGUUGAAUUUGUACUUCUUUAUAUCGAUAAAAUUCACUCAACGUCCAGCAAUACGAAUACUACUGUCUGUUUAUUUAUUAAUUCUGUAACUUUUGUGGAAUUAUGUUUGUGCAAUGUAUUCGUUAAAUCGAAUUCCUGGAUUACUGAGGAGUAGGAUAUAAUGAAAAUUUAUGUUUGUAUUUUGUUCCUUUUGUUAUAACUUUGUUCUAAUGGUACCCAUUCUCUCAACGGUUUUCUAAAGGUUUUUUACUUAUGCCUUUUUUGAUGAAGUUUCAAUGGUGAUAAUGAUCGUGAUUCGAGAUGAAUUGUUGAAUGACACAAAUUAUACAUUUAUAAAUACAUCACGGUUUGGGUGAAACGAAGUAAAGCAGAAUAGAAUUUAAGAGUGAACUGAUGGGUCAUAAUAAUAAUAAUUGGUUGGAUUAAUUUGAAAGAAUUAUUCAUUAGGUAAAUACACACGAAAUGGAUUAAGAAACAAAAAUUCAUCUUUAUGAGGGAUGAAUCGUAAGGGGAUAUUGUUCACAUUUGAAAAGAUACAUUACAGGAUUCCAGAGGAAAAUAUCGAGAGAUAUUUUGUUGCGCCUGAUAAAGUCCUCAACAAAACGCUUCUCCAAUUUUUCACCCAUCACUGAAAAAUCAACCCUCCACGUUUCGCCGCUUUCAUCCCGUAGCAAUAAUUCCCUCAGCAUUAAAAAAAAUCCUGCGAAGCAGACUCACCCCUACGAAUUAUUCCCCAACGGACUCCCCAAACACUCACUGAUGUCCAUUUCGAGUGUAUAUUGACAACCAAAAGAAUGCCUGUCUCAAUUCGAGAGAAAAAAAAAUUUUAAAAACAAUAAUUCAGCGAGAACCCAACAGAACCCCCUAAUUCUGCUUUUAGACCUAGGAAUAGCCUAGACCCGCGAUUAUUUUUUACGUACUCUAGAAAGUUGAGCGUCAAGCGAGUGAAACAACUGUUUGAUUAAAACAAAAACUCGAAACGAAAGGUAAAAAAAAAAUUUAAGAGACUUCGCAGUGCCUCUUGAUCUCGGAGGUAAUGGGCUGCGCAUUGUACAGCUUUUUUCUUCAUUGUUCUCACUGGGGCAUUAAAAAAGCCAAAAAAAAAGAAAAGGACGAGUCGCUGGCGCUGACUCGUGUUCGUUUUUUUCUACGUUUUCCAAAAAAAGAAAAUACAAAAAAAAAAUGAUGAGAAGGCAAACACGGGACGUUAUGAUAAGUCUCUUCUUUUCGUGCAUGUGUAUGUGUGCGUGUGACAAAAGGAGAAAAAGAAUAUUCGCAAAAGGGCAUGAGAAUGGAUGGAAAAAAUGCUCAGAGAAUGGAGAAUUUCUGAAGAAACAGAAUAUGAAAGAAAAGAUAACUGCGAAUGAAGUAGAUAGACACUUAGCCGAUGUGUAAUAGUUGCAACUAGAGCUAGUAGCCGAUAAACACGAGGAAAAUGAGAGAAAAAUAAAUAAAGAACAGCAACAAAUAAUAAAAUAAAUAAAUAAUGGAAGAAAACAUGUAGUCGAUUUUAGCAGUGCAUGUAGAUGAAGUUAGUUCGGUAGUUGAGAUGAGAAAAAAUUGCGCAGUGUAAUCAUAAUUUAUUAUAAAUAUUAUCGCAAUUAACGUUUAAUUAAACAUAUUAUGUUACCUCUUCUGUAAAUAAAGUACGAUAAUAAUUAUUAUAAU